GUUCAGUCUCUUUCGAGUUCUGGCCAGGCGGAGCUAGCAGACGGUGUGCGUGCGGCCGCUUCGUGUCUCGUAGGACCCUCGGCGCCAUCUGGCUUGUUGAUAGUGUGUGUGUCUGACCUGAGUUUUCCUCCCAAGAACCGCAGACAUGUCGUCCAGGGCGGUUGUUAGUUCGAGCGUGUCUAAGAUGGCUGCUUCCAGUUCAAGCACCAAAAUUGUUUCCAAGAAAGUGUCUUCGUCUUCGGCCGCCGUUACUUCCAAGACAUACUCUUACCGUAGCGGAGCAGCCCCCGACGACAGCAAUGUCACCAUCGAGUACAUCCACGAUGUCAGCAACGUGUCGCGUCUUGAGGACAAGAUCCGUCUGCUUAUGGAAGACAUCGAGUAUGAGAGGGAACUCAGACAGAGGGUAGAGCGAGAGAAGGCCGACCUCAGCGUUCAGGUUAUUCAGCUUAGCGAACGCAUCGAAGAGGUCGAAGCCGGCGCCGAUGGACAGAUCGAGAUCAACAAGAAACGGGAUGCGGAGUUGGCCAAGUUGCGCAAGUUGUUGGAGGACGUGCACCUGGAGAGCGAGCAGACCCACCAUAUGCUCAAGAAGAAACACCAGGAAGCCGUCGUCGAUUUCCAGGAUCAGAUCGACAUCCUCACCAAGGCUAGGAAUAAGAUUGAGAAGGAGAAGAGCAAAUUCCAAGCCGAGGUCUACGAACUGACCCAGCAGCUGGAGAAGGUCACCCUUGAAUCUGCCGGAUACCACAAGUCCGUCAAGAGCCUCAACAUCAGCAUCCAGGAACUGAACAUCAAGAUCGAGGAACUGAACCGCACCAUCGUAGACAUCACCUCCGCCAAGCAGCGCCUGAGCGUGGAAAACGUCGAGCUGACCAAGGUUGUCCAGGAAUACAAGGUCAAGAUUGAGGAACUGAACUACACCAUCAAGUCUGGCUCUUCCAGCGCUGAGGAAUGGAGGAGGAGAUACGAGCAGGAGGAAGCUCGCCGCCGUAAGCUGGAGAGCGAGCUGCACUCUCUGAACAACGAACUCAACGCACUCAAACGCUCCUAUGACGAAGAGUGCGAACUGCGCAUCGAUAUCGAGCGCAAAUACAACAGCGAAGUAUCCCUUGUGCAGCAGUUCAAGAGCAAGUACGAGAGCGAGUGUCGUAUCCGCGUCGAGGAGAUUGAAGAGAUCAAGAAGAAGAUGACUGCCAGGAUCGUCGAGCUCGAGGAACACUGCACAAGCCUGAAUCAGAAGGUCGCUAGCGUUGAGAAACAGAAGAGCCGUCUGUCACAAGAAAUUGAGAUUAUGAUCCUUGACUUGGAGAAGGCCAACACCAACCAUCGUGAAGUGAAGUCUCGCCUGGAAAUUGUCGACCGCGAGUACAAGACCCUGGUAAUCAAGUACGAGGAACUGAACAUGCUUUACGAACAGACCAGCAAGGACCUCAAGAUCCGUAUUGCCGAAUACAACAAGGUCACUCAGGAAUACGAACACAACAAGGAACUCUUUGAGAAGCUGUCCGUUGAUUACAGGAAGAUUGCAACUGAGCACGGUGACCUGAAGGCUUCCUGCGGUGACCUUGGCCGCAUCAAGCACGAGCUCGAGGUUGAGGUCCGUCGCCUUGAGGCUGAGAGGAAUGAGCUGGCCACCGCCCUGCACGAGUCUGAUGCUGCCCGCAAGGACGAGGAAACCAGGUUCAUCAAGAUCACCAACGAAUACCAGAGUUACAGGAUCGAGAUCGAGAAGAAGCUCCAUAUCCGCGAGGAGGAGCUCGAAUCCGUUCGCAAGCAGAUGGCCAUCGAAGUAGACUCCCUCAACUCCCGCGUGGUUGAAGCCGAGACCCGCCUGAAGUCCGAGGUCACAAAGGUCAAGAAGAAGAUGCAGAUCACCAUCACCGAGCUGGAGAUGAGCCUCGACACCGCCAACAAGUGCAACAUUGACCUGCAGAAGACUGUUAAGAAGCAGGCUAUUUCCCUCCAGGAGCUCCAGACUCACUACGAUGAGAUUCAGCGCCAGCUUCAGCAGACCCUCGAUCAGUAUGGUGUUGCCCAGCGCCGCGUCCAGGCCCUCACUGCUGAGUAUGAGGAGGCUCGCUCUAACCUUGAGGGUGCUAUCCGUGGCCGCCGCUCCGCUGAGAUGCAGUAUGAGGAAUCCUCUGCUCGCAUCAAGGACCUCACUACUAUUAACAUCAACCUCACCAACGCUAAGGCUAAGCUCGAACAGGAACUUUGCGUCAUCGCCGGAGACUACGAUGAAGUCAGCAAGGAACUUAGGCUGUGCGAGGAGCGCCUGAGCAAGGUCAGCGUGGAACUGAAGCGCACCGUCGAGAUCCUCCACGAGGAACAGGAACGUUACGUCAAGAUCGAAUCCAUCAAGAAGUCUUUGGAAGUCGAAGUCAAAAACCUGAGCAUCCGCAUCGAGAGUGUCGAGGCCAAUUCUCUCGCCAACACCAAGAGGAUGAUCUCCAAGCUGGAGGCUAGGGUACACGACCUCGAGAUCGCCCUUGACGAGGAGCAGCGCCGCCACCAGGAAACCAUCAAGGUCCUGAGGAAGAAGGAGCGCAACGUGAAGGAGCUCGUCCUUCAGGUCGAGGAGGACCACAAGAACAUCCAGAUCCUGCAGGAGACCCUCGACAAGACCUACGAGAAGAUCAACGUCUACAAGCGCCAGCUGUGCGAACAGGAGUCCGUGUCCUCGACCAACCUGUCCCGCGUGCGCAGGUUCCAGAGAGAGCUGGAGGCCGCCGAGGAGCGCGCGGACGUCGCCGAGAGCAGCCUGUCCAUGAUCCGCGCCAAGCACCGCACCUUCGUCACCUGCCAGAGCACGGUGUUGCCCAGCGGCGAGACCGUCGUGGUAAAGGAGACCGUGACCCAGCAGUAAAGGCGUCCUUCGGUCCCCAAGCCGAUCGGCAGCGCCCCCCUCCUUCUCCUCCUUUGGCCCGCGUCGUCGCCAGGGGGAGCCCUUCUCUCUACUCCCUCGCGACGGCGUCCGCAAGCAAGAUGGUUUACAUCGUCUAUUUUCUUUUUAUCGUGAUAGACACUUUUUUUUUUCAAUUUGUCUCUCCUUCUAUCUUGAAGAUAUAGUAUUAAUCUAAGAGGAAAAAAAAAAAUAUUACUUUUAAAAGAAAUCUAAUUUAAAGGACUAACUUGUAAUAAAAAUGUAAGGCGAAUCUCAAGCUCCUUAGAUAAGGAAAGGAAACCAAACAAGAGAAGUGAAGAUAUGCCACACCAUCACAACAAUGUACUCAUUGUAUAUAUAAUUGGACGUAAUAAAAGAUUUGUCAUACACGAACGAACUGUCUCGAUGACGUCAUCCUCCCGUGCUGGGAUUGGGGGAAAGGAUAUACAAUGCGGAGGAAUUAUGCAAAUGAGUUUGGUCAUUUCUCUAUGGUGAUAAUGAUGAUGAAGAGUGACUAGGAGAACCGAUGGAUGAAGUCGUUGUUCCAGAGAUGAAUAAUAUUAUUCAUUCUUUUUUUCAUUUUACUUGGCUUUAUCUCUCUCUCUCUCUCUCUCUCUCUCUCUCUCUCUCUCUCUCUCUCUCUCUCUCUCUCUCUCUUCUCUCUCUCUCUCUCUCUCUCUCUCUCUCUCUCUCUGCUAUUUUUUUUAUUUUUUUAAUUUAUAUUCCUUACUGCCUUGGAUUGAUAUACUGAUUUUAGCAUUAUGUCUUCAUUGAUAUGAUUACGAUAUUAUCCUUAUUCUUAAGACUUUUAUCAGUUUAUAAUUUGCCUCGUUUUUAUCAUUCGUGAUAUUCAUUUUGACAUUCAGUUUUAUCUACACUUUCUUAAAUCAUUAUCAUCAUUAUUAUUAUCAUCAACAAUACCACCUAUCUUUCCUGCCUAAUCAUUCUUAUAUCCUUAUCAUCAUAAUUAAUAACCGGAUAAUUAUUACCAUCAAUUUCAAUAAACAUGAAGUGCCAACGUUUUCAUGUAAAAACAUCAUUGCAAGAUUAUCAUUAUUAUCAGUGCAAAGCAAAAUAACGUUUAUAAUGCACACAACACAAGAUAUCUAGGAAGAAUUACCUAAUAGAUGAAACCGUGUGAGUCUCUCAGGUAUAAUGCCUCUUCAUUCUAUUCUUCGCAUAAUGCUACAGUAAACUUGGGAUAAUACUUGAUGUAAAAUGUACAUAGAAUCAAGAUUAUGUGGACUGACAACCUCGCAAAUAAAAUGGAUAAGUUCCAUCCAGGCAAUGUGUUAACCUUGACCUCGAAAAAGAAAACUGAUUUAAAAAUGUGUGGAUAUGACAUUAACCCUUUUCUACUGCAGCUACCAGUGGGUUGGGAUGCCUUGAGCACUGACCUUACCCGGCUCUAUAUCCACACCAGGUCAGCCCAUCAAGUUAUUUCUCGUUUCUCCUGGCUGGGGUAUAAAAGGAGAGCUCGAGAACAUAACCCGGGUUUAAUGGCAUGAAGGAGGCAUCAUAAACGAGCGUGCGAGAGGAGACAGGAAAAAAAAUCCAAAUGGAAAUACUAGUUUAUAUUUUCUUUUGUCUUUUUUUUAAUUUCUAUUAUUUAGCAGGCCGUUUGGGUGCGUGUGUAUAUAUAUGGGUGUAUGUUGUUGGUGUUUCAAUGUGUAGUGUGGCUGGGAAAUAAAACACCAUCUUACCCACAACGCAACCCGAUUUUAAGCACUGGUGGAUGAGGUUCGUUCGCUCGAAACACUUGAUGCGUUCACGACUCUCGAGUGACAUGACUUCUCUAAUCUCUACAUUAUAUCUAUUCUAAGUGAUUGUGUCGUAUAUAUUUUCUUCCUUCUUUUCUUCACUUCGUUUACAUCAUUAUUUUCCAUUCGUGAUUCUAGAACGACGCUUGAGACCAUCUCGAAAGGCGUGUGUGUCUGAUUCAUUUCUUUAAACCUGUUUCGGAUCGACUGAAACACUUCCAUGCUAAAAAAGGGUUUCUCAUGCAUGGUCUUUGUGGCGCUUGAGUGUUGUCCUUGAAUUCGUUCGGAAAGUGGGUAAACAACUUUAUCUGUUUAUGCUCUUGCUCUGUUUAUAGAUAGUUCAUUCUUACCUCUUCUACUUUCCGCUCGCUUAGUUGUCUAUCAUGGUCUAAAUGCGUAUUCGAGACACAUUUGAAGAUGUCAUAUCGUUUUAUGAAUGGGCACCAAAGCGAAUUAUUUUCAACUGGGAAUUAGGUGAUGAACCCCAAACUUAUUUUUUUUUUAACUGUAUUUUAGGUCAUCCCACCCCUAUCCACUCAAAAAAAGAUAAAAAGCUAUUUAUUUCAGAAUAUGUUUUUAGUGUAAGGACGAUCAUUGACGCUGUUUAUACAUGGUAUGGCCGACGAAGACAGCAAAAGUGUGUUCCCGAUGUCUCUGAACUGAACCUAUUUUGCCAUGCCACAGACUAGUUCAUGGGGGACACACUUUUUCGUUUCUGUGGCGUUUUUCCGUCUGAUUUAUGUGUGUAAUGUAACGCUAUCAUAUUGGUCCUGUCGGAUCAAAAUCAAGCUGAGAAAGUCAAUAAAAGAGCUUGAUCUUA